AUGAGUUCUCCGCCCGCCAGAGGACCAGGCGACCGAUCCGGCUCGUCUUCGGGACAGGAUUCGGAGUCUGUAUGGCAUCCUGCGAGGGAAUGGCUUGAAAGUGCGGUAGGCGACGAUAUGAUCGAUGAUGAUCAGGAUAUGGAUUAUGUUCUGGAGUCCGGAGAAGAAGAAGAAGAGGAGGAAGAAGACGAUGAGGAUGCUGGACAGCAGGGUUUUGAUGCGGCUGAACUAGAGCUUGGCAAUAUUCACAUCGAAUUCACGAUGGAAGGCGGGGAAGAGGAACAAGAAGGCCGAGAGGCGAGAGUCUCCGCUGUUCGAUUGUUGAAUUUGCUCGCUUCCAACGGUCUUCGGCAGAUAUUAAACCCAAACGCGUGGCGAGGCGGUAUUGCGACAGGAAACGAUGAUGAUUAUGAUGACGAUGAUAUUGGAUCAUUCACAUACCGCAGACGACGGCGACGAGCAGAAAAUAUCCCGUACCCUGAUGUUCCAAGCAAAGACGGGACCGAGUUGAUGGGAUCCGGUGAUUUUGGUAGCAAUUCGUACUACGUCGAUGAAUCGAAGAAGCGUCGAAAGACCCUCGCACAUAGAUUGAUGUGGCGUGAACUGGGGACGGGUACGGUUGGGGCUCGUCGACGGGCUGCCCAGUCGGUUUUUCAGGAUCUAAUUCCUGGGUCAGUUGCAGAUAAGAUCAUCCACUACGACUCACGAUGCUACUCCGGCCAGUUCUCUGACGAUGGCAACUUUUUCUUUUGUUGCUCGCAGGACUUCAAGGUCCGGAUGUAUGAUACCUCGAAUCCGUACGAUUGGAAAUACUACAAGACGGUAGACUACCCUUUUGGACAGUGGACGAUCACAGAUGCUAGUUUAAGUCCAGACAACAGGUUUCUGGCAUACAGCUCCAUCCGCAAUCUCGUUUGCCUUGCACCAACCGAUCCAGCUGAUCAGUCGGACCCAUCAAUCUUGGACUUAUCCAUCACGCCCAGUGGGCGUGUUGGUCGCGGUCACUUUGGGAGCUCGCAUUUUGGAAUCUGGUCUUUACGGUUUUCUGGUGACGGCCGUGAGAUUGUUGCGGGAACAUCGGACCACUCCGUGGUGGUAUAUGAUAUCGAAACCCGGCAGACGGUGCUUCGGUUACAAAACCACGAAGACGACGUCAAUGCCGUCUGCUUUGGGGACUCCUCGUCCCCGCAUAUUCUCUAUUCUGGAUCUGACGAUACGACAAUCCGGGUUUGGGACCGACGUUCUAUGGGAGAUGGCCGAGAAGCCGGAGUGUUCAUAGGCCACACAGAGGGUCUUACUUACGUUGAUAGCAAGGGCGAUGGUCGCUACGUCCUUUCAAACGGCAAAGACCAGACUAUGAAACUGUGGGAUCUGCGGAAGAUGAUGACGACAGCCAAAUUCGACACCAUCGACGCCAACAGCUUUACCACCGGGUUCGAUUACAGGUUUGAGCCCUACAACGAAGAAUAUUAUGAGCCACACCCACACGACUGCUCCGUUGUGACCUUUCGCGGGCAUAGGGUGUUGAAGACGUUGAUUCGAUGUCACUUUUCACCCCCGGGAAGCACCAAUUCACGAUACGUGUAUACCGGUAGCGAAAAUGGGAAGGUAUACGUUUACAACUUGGAUGCCACCCUGGCUGGCACCAUUGAUGUUGGGAUGGCGACCCUUAACUCACGACCGCGCGAUCCAGACAUCUUCACCACUGCGUAUGAAAUGAGGAGUCGAGGAGGGGAGAUGAUGUGGCGGACCUGUGUUCGAGAUGCAAGCUGGCAUCCCAACGCACCCGUUGUCGCUGCAACUUCGUGGAACGGCUGGGGCCUGUCAACAGGUACUUGCACAGUGCACACCUGGAACGACAAUUCUCCAUCGGAUGAAGGAGAUCCUCCCGUAGGCCGGAGCUACGAUUCCAAGUUGCAAUACGUCGAGGAUUUCAACCGCUACAAGGACACGGAGCUGAGACGCAGUCGAUUGAUAAGCCAACAGCUCCGAAGACAGCCAUCGGAAGAACCGAUGUGGUGA